UCCGGUAGCGCGGAGGUGGCGUCAUCAUCGAGCGACCCGGCGGGCCGCCUGCGUGGAGAGUAGAGAUGUUGAGCCGGCUGCAGGAGCUGCGCAAGGAGGAGGAGACGCUGCUCCGCUUGAAAGCGGCUCUGCACGACCAGCUGAACCGGCUCAAGGUUGAAGAGCUGGCCCUCCAGUCGAUGAUUAGUUCUAGAAGAGAAGGUGAGAUGCUGCCUUCUCAGCCUGCACCAGAACCAUCACAUGAUCAGAUGCUGGUGCUUGUAGACAAUGAAGCGUCAAUCAACCAAACUGCACUGGAGUUGAGCACAAGGAGCCAUGUGCCAGAAGAGGAGGAGGAGGAAGAGGAGGAAGAAUCAGAUUCCUGAAGGGGAGGAGAGCUGGGGUGAAUGCACGUCUGAACAGAGGCAGGCAUGGGAGGCCGCCCGGAGGCGGCGCGGCAUGCCCCUGGGCAGGGACUGUGUUUCCCAACCGCUUAGACGCCAGCCGCAUGGGUGGGCGUGCUGGGCUGGUUAAGGCCGAUGGUGGCGCAGAGCCAACCUGCAAAAUCCACUUCCUCAGCAUCAGAUCUCUUGAUGAAAGCAUGAACCUGUGUGUGAAGAAAUGGACAGAAAGUGUGCUUAAAAGUCAAAAAAGAAAAUUCAAGAGUCCUGGGUCUGGAGGCUGUGCUGCUCUUGGAAGGAGCUCCGGGAGCCUACCCUUGUCUUAAGUGCCUGCCUAGAGCCCCGGCUUCACUGGUCUUACCCCUUCCCUGAGCCUGCUCUCCAUGAAAUGGAAACAGCAGCUCUGCCUUGCGGCUGUUGAAGGAACAAGAGAACUGAUGGACUUGAAAGCGCAUGUUACACUGACCAGGCUCUACACAGCAUGUAAGUGCCAACACUUAGAGGAUUCCCACUCCUUUGCUAUCACAUAGGAGACAGUUACUUGGUGAGGAUGCUGAAUACAAAAUAGGCCAGUCAGUACUGCAGAAAGGCCUUGUCCCCCUGUGGGGCCAGCUGGCCCUUUCUUUCCCUGGAUCCCCUCUGGUUGCAGGGUUAUCCCUGCUUUUCCAUGAAACUGAUGGGAAGACAAAGGAGAUGUGUUUGGUGUCCUGCAGGCCCCAGAUCAGCUAGGCCACAGCAGUCACGGCAGAGCGGGGUAUGGGCUCAGCAAGCACUGGAUGGGUGACUGACAGAAGAACAAAUGAAAUGCAGUAAAUGACAGUGUAAGAAUUUGAAUAAAUCACUCACCAUGAGUUGCUUCAAAUCUGCUCUCUCUGCGGGGUUUUUUAUUAAGCUUAAAGGAAGAAAGACAGUGUGAGCUGUUGCCUGCUGCUGGUUCUAACUCAGAUUACUUAAUGUGUGCAUGCCUGUUCUGCCCACACCCCGCAGGCUCUGAGGAAGAAUGCCUAAGCCUUACCCACCUUCCUGUUAGCAGGGUGUCAUGCCCACAGUAGGUUAAUAAACACUUGUUGAAUUAAAUUAAGGCCAAAAGGCAAUAGGGCCGUCCCUCUACAGCAGGGGCUGAGCGCAGCAGCUGUUCUGCCCCCUGCUGCGGUAAGACACGUCACCCGAGUCCUGGCACUCUGGAAGAAGGGCAGCAGCUAAAGGGUGAAAGGCAAAGCUGUGCUCCCCAAGAUGGAUGGGGAGCCUGACAAAACCAAAGUACUUUCAGACAAGGAGGUGACUUACCAUUUAUUCACAAAAUCUUGAAAUUCCAGACUGAAUACUCCACUGGGCAGUUUUGGAGGAGGCUGCAAGUACACACACAGACCUAAGAAAUGCCCUGCCCUACCCUCCUCUCCCUGCCCCACUCCCGCCUCUGGGCAGUGCCACCCUUGUCCAGGUAAGGAAAGCCGGGGGUGAGAGGCCAGUGGCUGCUGCCGGCUUACCCUGCUAGAACCAUCAGUCUCAAGCCAGUCAGAACUGGGGCCAAGUGAGUGACUGAAUAAAUCAUUUCCUCUCAGCCUCAGCUGACCCUUUUUAGCUCUGAGGCUCCACCACCAUACAUCUGGGAGUGUGGCGGGGAAACAGCCAAUAACUACUAGAAGCAGCAGCUAGGAGGAUGUGCAAACCACUAGGCAUAGUCCAGCCCUGACAGCACCUGUGGAUAUCACAGAAGGCUGACCAAUAAAAUGUUCACCCCCUUCUGAGUUCUGAAGGAGUGCAGAAAGGUUAGUAAAACAUUAACUGGCAGACAGCUGGGUCUGGAAGAAUGUUGGGUCCCAGCAGGAGAGGAUGACUUUCCUAAUAUACAUACAACACAGUCUACCGUCCUUGCAGCCUUAUGCAGCUUAGGUCAGACCCUCCACUUCCCACAGUGCUUAGCACAAAGCUGGGCAGUCAAGCAGUAAAGAGCUGAAAUGAGCCCAGUAACCUGUGAACCAGUGGCAGUGAUUUUUUAACUGCUGUGGUGAGCCAGGAUUUUCCCUGUUGAAUUUGUAAUGACCAAGGGGACCUUUUGACCCUUGGGGGUCUAGUUUUGGAAAUGAGAAAGCCUGAAAAGUUACUCCACUAGUCUUGAAGAAAAGAAUGGGGCAAUGCCCGUUACCAUGCUCCUCAGCGGAGUAGGGACCUCCAGCUGCCUCCCAAACAGGCCUCAGCUCGUCCCUUCUCUUCCUCUGCCCAUGCUGCUGCUGAUGCCAGCAGUGCCGGCCUUACCAUCUGAAAUUCCGUCCUGCCCUCCAGCUCCUCCAGCCCUGCCCCACCCUCUGAGCAACCACGGUGCUAGUCCAUAGCUUCCAAUUCCCCCAGGCCCAUGCUGAUGAAUACUUGUCAGUCUCUUCCUUCCUCAGUCCCUUUUACAUUUAAACAUACUGGCAUAUAUAUUUCACAGAUAAUGUAUCUUUGUGUUAAAGUUAGCUAGCAGUAAUUUAAUCACCUGUAAUUCCAUCACUGUGAUAACCACUAUGUCAUGUAACUUUCCAGAAUUUAUGUGCACAUAAUAUGCAUAGAUUUUUUUUAAAGAAUCAAUCAUAGUAUACAUACUAUUUUACAACUUGCUUUUUUCACACAAUUUAUAGUGAAUAUUUUCCAUAUCUCUUUCUACACUGUCACAUUCAUUGCUUUAUAUAGAGAAAAUGCAUGUGUUUGCCUUGCUUCCCUUACCCAAUCUAACAGGCUUUAAGACCUGAGACUUUUGUUUUUCCAUCUCUGGACCCCCACCUCGUUCCUACAGCCACCCCACGGUGCUUAUUAGCACAUAGUAAGUGCAAAAGAAACACUUGGUGGGAAGACAGAAAUGCCUGGUGAAUGAAGGAUGAGAAUGCAUUCAAUGGGCAGGUGGAGGCUCCUGAAUCAGAGAGGAUGAGGGACUCAGAGCUAUGUGAAGAUGUUCCUGGGGAAGGGACAAACCGUGCUGUGGGAACAAUUCAGAGGUUUCCCAGACCAAUUGUGAGUUUUUUCCUUAAGAGCAAAUAAAUUCCAAGGUCACAGAAGCCUUACCUCAUUGACUAUGUAAUCCAACAACUCAAAAAUUGCCAUUGGAGGUCGGCUGUCCAUUCCAUAAGCUACAAAUUUUAUAAAAAGAAAAAAGAAAACACUUCUCAGAAACAGAAGGUUAACUGCCAGUUCGAGGCUAGGGGUGGGCAUGGAUCUUACAGACUAGAACAAAGUCGUGGACGAUAGAAGAGCCACAGAUAAGGCCUGAACACAGAGGAGGCUGGCCAAAGCCACAGCUGGCCAGGGUCUGAGUCUGGGUUCUGCCAGCCCCUCUGGCGGCCCACCACCGGCUACCCUUGUCCGCUCUGCUCCUCCCUCAUACAUGCCCUCGUGUGAGCCUCAGACAGGAAUGUCCUGGCAGGAACAAUGUCAGAAGGUAAUGGCAGGGCCAGGAUCUUCCAAGUACUGGGUCUACCUUACAGUCCAGAGGCGGGCAGUGCUACAUAGUGCUUAGCUGCUCAGAGUCAGACCUGGCCACUUACAAGUGUAUGUGGCAAGUCAAGCACCCCGUGCCUGUUUCCUCAGAGCUAAAAUGGAAAUUAUAAUAGUGCUCACACACGACUGCUAUUAAAAUUAGACAGUGCUAGGCAGAUCUAUGGAGACAAAGUAGAUUGGUGAUUGCUAGGGUGUCAAGGUAGGGGAGCUGUGAGUGACUGCUAAUGGAAAUGGUUUCUUUUGGAGGUGAUGGAAAUGUUCUUGAAUUACAAAGUGGUGAUGGUUGUAUGAUAUGGAGAAAUAUACUAAAAACCACUGAACCAUACACUCUAAAAUGUGCAUUUUAUGUUAUGUGAAUUUUACCUCAAUUUAAAAAAACUCUACCU